CCAGUACCCUAUGAAGGACAAGGAUAGUUCACUCGGGUCAGGAUGAGAUUUGGGUUGGGGUAGCACUCUGUCCUAAUGGCGGUUUGCAGUCGGGUCCUGAUAGAUCCGUUUGUGGAGAAUUAUGCAAAAAUAUACUCUGGCGUGUGGCAGACAUAGUGUUUAUGUGCAUGUGAGAAUUAAAAUAUGUGGGCUAUUGUGAAGUGAAAUGGUUUAUUUUAUAGUCACAUUGUACAUUUGUGAACUGGUAAAGACUUUCUUCUUUAAUCAUCGCGCAUGCGCAGGUAAAUAGUCUAGAUCCCAGACUGCUAGCUAGAUACAGUACGUUCAGGCGAAGUAGCGCAAAAUAUCAUUCCAUUAGCUAAUUACAGAGUGAGAGGCUGUAGUUGUGAGAUAUGGAAAGUAGAAACAGAGACCGUAAAAAAAGUCACACCUGGAAAUAUUUCAAUGAAAUUUCGUCCGAAAGUGUGACAUGUAAGCUGUGUGCGGCUGUUCUGAAGCGGACGAGUGGGAGCACAACAUCCAUGUUAAACCAUUUAGAAAGGAUCCAUCAUCUGUCGUUAAGACAUACCAAAACACAGCGAGAGUUGAUGGCUGCCGUUAGAGGUAAGACUCCUACAUUAAAGUUAAAAAGAGAAGCUGCAAUAAAGGCAGAGAAGACCAUGUCUAAGAGCACAUACGAAGAAGAGGAAGAUGAGGAGGAGGAGGAGGAUGAGUAUCUCCCCAAGACUGGGAUGUCAAAGUGGGUAUCAUGUAUAUUGGAAGAUAACAUUGGUAACACUUUUAUAUAGGCCCACUGUAGGGCUGGGCAAUAUGACGAUAUAUGUUGUGUGACGAUAGAAAAACAUCUAUCGUUUUAUAUUAUGCUCUAUCGUUUAUUUCGUUGUCGCAAAUCACACUCUUUAUGGGAAUAUUUUUUUGUCAAUUGGGUGAUGCUUUUUGGGCUGUGUGGAAGGAAAUUUGCAACACAAACAAACAUGCAGGAGAAAAGUCUGACACGGACCAGAAAACCGUCCUCUGCAAAAUAUGCCGCAGGCCGGUCCCGACAACAGGCUCAAACACCACUAACCUCUUUUACCACCUAGGCAAGAAUCAUGUGAAACAGUACGGAGAGAGUCUACGGAUGAGACCCAAACAAGUACAGUCAAAUGCUCAAAACAAACCUCCGACUCAAACGUUGCAAGAGGCUUUUUCCCACAGCACACCAUAUGGCAAAGAAUCACAAAGAUGGAAGGAGAUAACAGCUGCCGUUACAACUUACGUCUGCAAAGACAUGGCCCCAAUUUACACGGUCGAGAAACGGGGGUUUCGUGAGUUGGUGCUAACACUCGACCCAAGGCAAGAUCCCAAUACUUCAGAGGUAGCCAUGACAGAAGACGGGACUGCAGAGCAGUUUGAGUUUCAGUAUGGAUUGGAGGGACCAACAUUUAAGAAUGAGAAUGAGAAUGGGGAGUGCUCCAAGAGCCAUCUGUCCAUCAUCAAAGUGGAACAACUGGACCCCCUUCUCCCUGACCAAAACAACUCCAGCUGUGGUUCUGGGUCACCUGGGGAUCCUGGGCCUCCUGGCUUGUCUGGUUUUGGGUCCAGUAUGAGUCCAGCUGCACAGUUCUUCAGGAAGUGCCACCAGGCAGGCUGCAUACAGUUAAUCUUCUCUGAGUUUUCCUCCCGCCUCAACAUUAUCACUGAGAGGAUUUCAUCCCAGCAGGCCAGCGAAGAAGAUUUCAACCUCACCCUGAAAGUGCUGGAGGCCUCUGGGAUGCUGCCAGAGAUCUUUGCAAAGAGAGACCAAGAAAUGGAGAAGAGACUGAAGGAUCUGCAGAGAGAGACUGAAGCGGUGAGGACUGCCAGGUCUGCCAUGAGAGAUGCCUGUGUCAUGAGCUUCACCCCAUCAUGACGGAUCACUGCUGAAGAUAAAAGCGGUUUUAUAAGACGUUAUAAUUAGGGCCUGGAGUUUUUCCUGACCGGACUAGGAAUGUAUAGGACCUGAAGUUUUCCUGGUCCGAUCAUGUGGACAGAGUUUUUCCCAUCAUGUGGACAGGAAAAACCUCACCCCAGUUUUAGUAGAAUGUAAAUAUUUGAAACAUUUUAUAUUUGCCAUAUUUUUCUACCUUUUGUGUUCAAACAUUUUAACUCUGAUAUUUGAAAACAGUUUGUUGUACCCUGGCUACUGAGAUGGGUGAUAUAUUAUACUUGAAGUGAGUAAUAGGCGAUAUAAUCUUGUGACAUACAUUGGUUCUGGGUUCCAAGGUUAUUGGCGUUGUAGUGAUGUUAGUAGGUGAUCUUUUGUGUCCAUCUGUGCUGUAUGUACUUUGUGCUUACUAACCCUUCACAGGUUAAAUAUGUCCUUAUACAGUAUGUGUGAACCAGUAUCUACAUUUAUCGAUGGAUGGGUACUACAUUUACUGUAAGACAAAUUCAUUUGGAAUACACUGUAAUAUAGCAUACUUGAGGAAAGUUGAACGCAUUAAACUUAUUUUGUAAAUGA